CUUUGUACUUAUUAGUGAGUGUUGCUGAAGCACGUGUUUGUGGCGGCUCACCAUCUCUUGUGUAUUGGUAUUAAAUAGUUAGUAGUGAAAACAUUUAAUAAAACAAUGGGUGAAGGAAAGGUGUGUAAAGUCGAAGGUGAGGAGACGGCAAAUAUUGAGGGUGAAAAGGAGUCCUACGAGAGUAAAAUUCAAAACUGCAGUCCCAUUGCACAGCCCAUGGCUCCGAAGAAACUAACCAAAAAAAUAUACAAAUGUAUUAAAAAAGCUUCCAAACACAAAACUUACCUCCGGAAUGGUCUCAAAGACGUGCAAAAACACCUGCGUAAGGGAGAAAAAGGGAUUAUCAUUUUCGCUGGGGACGUUUUUCCAAUUGAAAUAAUGUGUCAUUUACCAGUGGUCUGCGAGGACAAGGAAAUUCCAUACGUUUACGUUCCAUCGAAACAAGACAUCGGCACAGCGAUGGGGGUGAAGCGAGGGAGCCUCAUGGUACUCAUAAAAGAACACGAAGAUUACAAAGAGGAGUUCGAUGCCGUCAAAGAAGCCAUAAAGACCCUCUCUUCUCCACUCUGAGAUUUAAGGAGGAUUAAUGAUUCAGUAUAUCGUGAUAAAGAAAAUUAAUUUUAUAUGAAAUUGUUUGAGAUACAAGACACUGAAGGGUAAAUAAAUGAAUAAAACAGU